GGCGGGGCGGGCGGCCGGGGGCGGGCAGGGGGCGGGUCGAGGCGCCCGGCACUUCCUGCCGCCGCCAUUUUGUCAAGUGAGGAGGAGGAGGAGGAGGAAGAGGAGGAAGAAGCUGCGGCCGCGGGGCCGCGGCGCGCCCGGCCCCGAGUGCCCAGUGAAGAAUGUGAUGGGAUCACUAGCAUGUCUGCGGAGAGCGGCCCUGGGACGAGAUUGAGAAAUCCGCCAGUAAUGGGGGAUGGACUGGAAACCUCCCAAAUGUCUACAACGCAGGCCCAGGCCCAACCCCAGCCAGCCAACACAGCCAGCACCAACCCCCCGCCCCCGGAGACCUCCAACCCCAACAAGCCCAAGAGGCAGACCAACCAGCUGCAAUACCUGCUCAGAGUGGUGCUCAAGACGCUAUGGAAGCAUCAGUUUGCGUGGCCUUUCCAGCAGCCUGUGGACGCCGUCAAGCUGAACCUCCCUGAUUACUAUAAGAUCAUUAAAACGCCUAUGGAUAUGGGAACAAUAAAGAAGCGCUUGGAAAACAACUAUUACUGGAAUGCUCAGGAAUGUAUCCAGGACUUCAACACUAUGUUUACAAAUUGUUACAUCUAUAACAAGCCUGGAGAUGACAUAGUCUUAAUGGCAGAAGCUCUGGAGAAGCUCUUCUUGCAAAAAAUUAAUGAGCUCCCGACGGAGGAAACUGAGAUCAUGAUCGUCCAGGCAAAAGGAAGAGGACGUGGGAGGAAAGAAGCAGCAACGGCAAAACCUGGCGUCUCCGCGGUACCAAACACAGCUCAAGCAUCAACUCCUCCGCAGACCCAGACCCCUCAGCAGAACCCUCCGCCUGUGCCGGCCACGCCUCACCCCUUUCCUGCUGUCACCCCAGACCUCAUCGUGCAGACACCCGUCAUGACAGUGGUGCCUCCCCAGCCGCUGCAGACGCCCCCACCGGUGCCCCCCCAGCCACCACCCCCGCCCGCUCCGGUCCCCCAGCCCGUGCAGAGCCACCCGCCCAUCAUUGCGGCCACCCCACAGCCUGUGAAGACAAAGAAGGGGGUGAAGAGGAAAGCAGACACCACCACCCCCACCACCAUCGACUCCCUUCAUGAGCCACCCUCGCUACCCCCGGAGCCCAAGACCACCAAGCUGGGCCCCCGGCGAGAGAGCAGCCGGCCUGUGAAGCCCCCAAAGAAGGACGUGCCGGACUCCCAGCAGCACCCGGCACCAGAGAAGAGCAGCAAGGUCUCAGAGCAGCUCAAGUGCUGCAGCGGCAUCCUCAAGGAGAUGUUCGCCAAGAAGCAUGCUGCCUACGCCUGGCCCUUCUACAAGCCCGUGGACGUGGAGGCCCUGGGCCUGCACGACUACUGCGAUAUCAUCAAACACCCCAUGGACAUGAGCACAAUCAAGUCUAAACUGGAGGCCCGUGAGUACCGAGACGCUCAGGAAUUUGGUGCUGAUGUCCGAUUGAUGUUCUCCAACUGCUACAAGUACAACCCUCCUGACCACGAGGUGGUGGCAAUGGCCCGAAAGCUCCAGGACGUGUUUGAGAUGCGCUUUGCCAAGAUGCCAGAUGAGCCCGAGGAGCCGGUGGUGGCCGUGUCCUCCCCAGCAGUGCCACCCCCGACCAAGGUUGCAGCCCCGCCCUCGUCCAGUGAUAGUAGCAGCGAUAGUUCCUCAGACAGUGACAGCUCCACCGAUGACUCGGAGGAAGAGCGAGCCCAGCGGCUGGCCGAGCUCCAGGAGCAGCUUAAAGCCGUGCACGAGCAGCUCGCAGCCCUCUCACAGCCCCAGCAGAACAAACCAAAGAAAAAGGAGAAAGAUAAGAAGGAAAAGAAGAAAGAAAAGCACAAAAAGAAAGAGGAAGUAGAGGAAAAUAAGAAAAGCAAAACCAAGGAACUUCCUCCCAAGAAGACGAAGAAAAACAACAGCAGCAACAGCAACGCGAGCAAGAAGGAGCCAGCGCCCAUGAAGAGCAAGCCCCCUCCCGCGUAUGAGUCAGAGGAGGAGGACAAGUGCAAGCCCAUGUCGUAUGAGGAGAAGCGGCAGCUGAGCCUGGACAUCAACAAGCUGCCUGGCGAGAAGCUGGGCCGCGUGGUGCACAUCAUCCAGUCUCGGGAGCCCUCGCUCAAGAAUUCCAACCCCGAUGAGAUUGAGAUCGACUUUGAGACCCUGAAGCCGUCCACACUGCGGGAGCUGGAGCGCUACGUCACCUCCUGUUUGCGGAAGAAAAGGAAACCUCAAGCCGAGAAAGUCGACGUGAUUGCUGGCUCUUCCAAGAUGAAAGGCUUCUCGUCCUCAGAGUCGGAGAGCACCAGCGAGUCCAGCUCCUCGGACAGUGAAGACUCCGAGACAGAAAUGGCUCCAAAGUCGAAAAAGAAGGGGCAUCCCGGAAGGGACCAGAAGAAGCACCAUCACCACCACCAUCAGCAGAUGCAGCCGGCCCCAGCCCCUGUGCCUCAGCAGCCGCCCCAGCCUCCCCAGCAGCCUCCACCACCUCCACCACAGCCACAGGCACCGCCACCGCAGCCGCAACAGCAGCCGCAGCCACAGCCACAGCCGCAGCAGCCGCCCCCCCAGCCCCCGCCGCCCCCACCCUCCAUGCCCCAGCAGGCAGCCCCGGCCAUGAAGUCCUCUCCUCCGACCUUCAUCGCCACCCAGGUGCCGGUGCUGGAGCCUCAGCUCCCAGGCAGCGUCUUCGACCCCAUCCCCCACUUCAGCCAGCCCAUCCUGCACCUGACGCAGCCUGAGCUGCCUCCCCACCUGCCCCAGGCACCCGAACAUAGCACUCCGCCCCAUCUCAACCAGCACACGGUCGUCUCUCCCCCAGCUUUGCACAAUGCGCUGCCCCAGCAGCCAUCGCGGCCCAGCAACCGAGCCGCCGCCCUGCCCCCCAAGCCUGCCCGGCCCCCAGCCGUGUCCCCCGCCCUGGCCCAGCCCGCCCUGCUCCCUCAGCCCCCCAUGGCUCAGCCUCCCCAAGUGCUGCUGGAGGAUGAAGAGCCGCCUGCCCCACCCCUCACCUCCAUGCAAAUGCAGCUGUACCUGCAGCAGCUGCAGAAGGUGCAGCCCCCCACAGAGCACACAAGCCUUCCUCCUCCCCAGCAGCACCAGCCCCCGCCGCGGCCCGUGCACUUACAGCCCAUGCCGUUCUCCGCCCACAUCCAACAGCCCCCUCCACCCCCUGGCCAGCAGCCCCCACACCCACCCUCAGGCCAGCAGCCCCCACCACCACAGCCCGCCAAGCCUCAGCAAGUCAUCCAGCAUCACCCUUCACCACGGCAUCAUAAGUCGGACCCUUACGCAACUGGUCACCUCCGUGAAGCCCCUUCCCCGCUUAUGAUACAUUCCCCCCAGAUGCCACCGUUCCAGAGCCUCACCCACCAGUCUCCACCCCAGCAAAAUGUCCAGCCUAAGAAGCAGGAGCUGCGCGCGGCCUCUGUGGUGCAGCCCCAGCCCCUGGUGGUGGUGAAGGAGGAGAAGAUCCACUCGCCCAUCAUCCGCAGCGAGCCCUUCAGCCCCUCGCUGCGGCCGGAGCCCCCCAAGCACCCAGAGAGCAUCAAGGCUCCCGUCCACCUGCCCCAGCGGCCCGAGAUGAAGCCUGUGGACGUGGGACGGCCUGUGAUCCGGCCCCCUGAGCAGACCGCACCCCCACCGGGUGCUCCCGACAAGGACAAACAGAAGCAAGAGCCGAAGACGCCCGUUGCACCCAAAAAGGACCUGAAGAUCAAAAACAUGGGCUCCUGGGCCAGCCUGGUGCAGAAGCAUCCAACCACGCCAUCCUCCACCGCCAAGUCCUCCAGCGACAGCUUCGAGCAGUUCCGCCGUGCGGCCCGCGAGAAGGAGGAACGUGAGAAGGCCCUGAAGGCGCAGGCGGAGCACGCGGAGAAGGAGAAGGAGCGGCUGCGGCAGGAGCGCAUGAGGAGCCGAGAGGACGAGGACGCGCUAGAGCAGGCGCGGCGAGCCCAUGAGGAGGCGCGCCGGCGCCAGGAGCAGCAGCAGCAGCAGCGCCAGGAGCAGCAGCAGCAGCAGCAGCAGCAGCAGCAGCAGCAGGCAGCCGCCGUGGCCGCCGCAGCCGCCCCCCAGGCCCAGAGUUCCCAGCCCCAGUCUAUGCUGGACCAGCAGAGGGAGCUGGCCCGGAAGCGGGAGCAGGAGCGAAGGCGCCGGGAGGUGAUGACAGCUACGAUCGACAUGAAUUUCCAGAGUGAUCUAUUGUCAAUAUUUGAAGAAAAUCUUUUCUGAGAGCACCUAGGUGACUUGUGACUUUGAUUUUCUGGCAAAACGUUGACUCUCCAUAGUGUUAGGGGCGGCGGUGGAGGCGGCCACAGCGGCCAGGGGGUGAUUUUCCUGGCCUGGCCCUCCUGCAUGCUAUGCCCGGGGCAGGCCUGACGGGCAGCUGAGGAUCGCAGAGCCUGUCUGCCUUACAGCCAGCCGGAGCGACGGCCCACCACCCGCCACCCCCUCACGGGACGUCCGCCUGGCGCUCGCUCGGACCUGGCCCUGCGUUCUGCGUGCAGGGAGCCACACAGUAGACACGGGACACGGCUGCCGCUGCCACCAUUGACUGGUUUUCUGUUCCUGAGAACGUGACGUUUGGUGACGUCCUGCCUGCCGGGGAGCCCUUCCCCCGCGCCCCUGCCAUCGCCACCCAGUCCCCGGCGGCCAGGGCAGGCCCCCCGGGGGGCUGGAGGCAGGCGAGGGCCCCGGCCCACCCCUCGCUGGCACUGACUUUGCCUUGAACAGACCCCCUUCUCCCCCACAAGCCUUUAAUGGAGAGCCGCUCUCUGUAAGUGUUCGCUUGUGCAAAAGGGAAUAGUGCCGCCGAGCUGUGUGUCCUCGGGACUCGGUGAUUUCGAGUGCGGCGGCCGCCCUCCCCCCCCACCGGCACGCGUGGGCGGGGCCUUGCCUGGGGAGUGCGGCCACCAACCAAAGUCAGUUCCCUGCCCACCUGUGUUUCUGGGUUUUUUUUUUUUUUUCUAUAUAUAUAUAUUUUUUGUUGUCGUUGAAGUCUAUUUUAUUUUUAACUCUCUCUUCUCCUCCAGACACAAUGGCACUGCUUAUCUCCAAAUGGUGUGAUCGUCCCUCCUCGAGCGGCGGCCGCGCCGCGCUGUGGGUAGUGUGUGACCGUGGCUGUACUGUGUAGUGAGCAUAGUUGGCAUACCUUUGUUGGAAGUUUGUUGGUGACUCCACCAAACUGGUGUAAAAAAAAAUAAUUUACAAAAGGAAAAAAAAAAAAAAAACACAAAAAUCCACAAAAACCAAAACACACACACACACACACACACACAGCCUAUAUUUUACUCAGUCUCCAACUUUUAUUAGUCUGUUUUUAAUUAUAAAACCAGAAAGCUACAAUUUCUUUUCCCUCCCCGCCACUGCCAAUCUGUUGGCGGCAGCUUCUCUGUGUUUUUUUUUUUUUUUUUUUUUUUUUUUUUAUGUCAAAUCUGUUUGAAUUUUUUUUUUAAAACCAAUAACGGGCAGGGCCAAGGGAUGAAGUGGGCCCUGGGCAGUUCAGGGUCAAGGGAUCAGGGGUGGAGGGGGCCAGAGACCUGAGGCUGACCCCCCAGCCCCCAGCCCCACGUGCCCGGCCCUGGCCCCCCCCCCCCCCCACUGCUCCUUCCUCCGCUCGUUUUUUUAAUUUUAUAAUUGGAGCCCUUAAUGAGGUUACGCGUGCCAUGAGAACCCACCCUACACCACGACGCUGGUGCCUCAGUGUUGGCCAAACUCUGGAGUCACUGACUGGUUUGAGUUUCAUACGGUGAAUAUGCAUUUGGUCUGUACUGAUCAUGGAAUAAACACAUCUCUCUUUUUUAA